AUGACAGAAUACGAUUCAGUUUGUUUUGAUUAUUCUUGCUUUGAUGUGAAACAAAAUGCUCUUAAGGUAUACAUGAACACAUUUUAUGGUACAGCUGGAGAUAGCAAGUCUCCUUUCUUCUUACGUGAACUUGCUGGGGGU